GGGCAGGGGCGGGCCGGCUGUGUUUCACUUCCCGCCACUGCUGGCCAGCCAGCCAGGAACCAGCUCGUGUGCACCCUGAAUGAUAGUAGUGCGUUUUCGGCUCAGCAGCAGGUCCUGGCCCCACCAUGGGCUCCAAGGCCCCAGCCCUGGGUCCCGUGCAGACGCUCAUCUUCUUGGACCUGGAGGCCACUGGCCUGCCCUUUUCCCAGCCCAAGGUCACGGAACUCUGUCUGCUGGCCAUCCACAGAUGUGCUCUGGAGAAGCCCCGAGCGCCACAGGGGCAGCUGCCUCCGCUGCCACGCGUGGUGGACAAGCUCUCCCUGUGUAUUGCACCGGGGAAGGCCUGCAGCCCUGCGGCCAGUGACAUCACGGGCCUGAGCACAGCCGCACUCGUUGCACACGGGCGCCAGGGCUUCAACGCCGACCUGAGCAACCUGCUUCGAGCCUUCCUGCUCCGGCAGCCACAGCCCUGGUGCCUCGUGGCGCACAACGGAGACCGCUAUGACUUCCCCCUGCUGCAGGCGGAGCUGACUGCCCUGGGCCUGGCUAGCGCUCUGGACGGUGCCUUCUGCGUGGACAGCAUCACUGCUCUGAAGGCCCUGGAGCGGGCCGACAGUCCCUCAGAGCGGGGCCCCAGGAAGAGCUACAGUCUGGGUAGCAUCUACACACGCCUCUACGGGCAGACCCCGCCCGACUCUCACACGGCUGAGGGGGAUGUGCUGGCCCUGGUCAGCAUCUGUCAGUGGCGGCCACAGGCCCUGCUGCAUUGGGUGGACGCUCAUGCCAGGCCCUUCAGCACCAUCAAGCCCAUGUACAGGGUGGAAGCCGCCACUGUGACCAACCCAGGGCCAUCAGGUGCCACAGCCACUGCAUCCCUGGUUACAGCCAGGAACCUAAGUCCCAGCUCUAGAGGGGGCAGGAAGCCCAAGGGUCCUCUCCCCACAGAAAGCUCUGGAAUCCUGCCCAGGGAGGGGCUACUGGCCCCAUUGGGCCUGCUGGCCUUUCUGACCUUGGCAGUAGCCAUGCUCUAUGGGCUGUCCUUGGUCACACCUGGGCAGUAGAGCCAAGAAUCUAAUAAAGACCUCCAACAGCA